GUGCGCGCGUGUGUGCGCGUGUGUGCGCGUGUCUACAGGUAGCAGCAGCGGCGGUGGCGGCGGGGACCGGAGCCGGGGACGCGUCUGCAGCCACCUCCCUCCCCGCCUGCUAUGUUCCGAGGCGAUUGCUCACUUGGCUGACGGAUCUGUACCCUCGGGAAGGGCGAUCAUCUCAUCCUCUCCGUAUCCACGCGUUUCAGCCUUCUUCCAGUUCCAAGUGUGUGUGUGCGCCUGUGUGUGUUUUGGGGUAUUUUAUUUUUAAUUUUUAUUUCCCCCUUCUCCCUCUCCAUCUCGGGGAUUCUGCACAUGGAAGCAGGUGGCUCCUGAAAAGAAAUCUUUGGAUACAUUGGGUUUGCCAAGUUUUUUGUUUUUUUUUUCCCUCUCUCUCUUUCUGCCCGUCCCCUCCGUCUUUCAGAGGCAUCUGUGGUGCUUUUUUGCUUUUUUGGAUUUCUGUGCAGAAAACGUCUCUAUGUUUAUAUACCGACCGCAUCCCAUCUAAAUACAUAGAUACGCGUGCCCGGGCACUUGGUUUUUCUCGUCUCUCUCUUCCCGACAAAGCGGAAUGCGUUGGCGCCGAUGGAUAACGCGAGCAGCCUGGACAUUCUGUUGAGCCCAUUUUCUCCAAAAAGGAGGGAGCGUGAAGGAUGGUUUAACGUUCGGCCAUCGCUCGGCUGCACACUGAGCAUCUCCAAGUAUUUAUGGUUGCAGAUCAGGUGCAAACGGGACUUAGCGAUAAAGGAUAGAGACCUGCAGCUAAGUGGAUUUGAUUUAUAAGAGGGAAUCUACAGUCAAUGGCCUCUCUCCCCACGUAGCUACGAUGGAAAACAGAGUGGUCAAUAGGAUUUGGCCUGAAAAAUAGUGAUGACUGAAGAUGCCACUUCAGUGCAUGUGAAGUCGAUGGGAGACGCUAGCUGCAGGAAGAGCUUUCUGAACUGUUCUCAACAAGUUCACCUUUAAGAAAUAGGAGGUGUAUUCUACCCUUAUAAGGUAUUUCUCAAGUGGAUACAGAUACUUUGGCCUCACUGUAAGCGGACAACUAGACAACCGAUGUGGGACCAUGGCACUGCCCAGAUGUAUGUGGCCAAACUAUGUUUGGAGAGCAGUAAUGGCAUGCCUGUUACACAGGGGGCUGGGUGCCUCGUUGACUCUCUGUGUGUUGGCAUGUUUGCUUCAGGCUGCCCAUGUACUCUCCCAAAAAUUGGAUGAUGCAGAUCCACUGGUGACUACCAACUUCGGCAAGAUAAGAGGGGUUAAGAAAGAACUCAAUAAUGAAAUCUUGGGGCCUGUUAUUCAGUUUCUUGGGGUUCCAUAUGCAGCACCGCCAACAGGGGAGCAUCGUUUUCAGCCUCCAGAGCCACCAUCUCCCUGGUCAGAUACCAGGAAUGCCACUCAGUUUGCUCCUGUGUGUCCCCAGAAUAUCAUCGAUGGCCGAUUGCCAGAAGUCAUGCUUCCUGUGUGGUUUACGAAUAACUUGGAUGUGGUUUCAUCGUAUGUACAAGACCAGAGUGAAGACUGCCUGUAUUUAAACAUAUAUGUCCCAACUGAGGAUGGUCCCCUUACAAAGAAACAGACAGAUGAUUUAGGUGAUAAUGACGGUGCUGAAGAUGAAGAUAUUCGGGACAGUGGGGGUCCUAAACCAGUGAUGGUGUAUAUCCAUGGUGGCUCCUAUAUGGAAGGUACUGGAAAUUUAUAUGAUGGGAGUGUCUUGGCAAGUUAUGGCAAUGUGAUCGUCAUCACAGUCAACUACCGACUUGGGGUACUUGGUUUCUUGAGCACAGGAGAUCAGGCUGCAAAAGGAAACUAUGGACUCCUUGAUCUCAUACAGGCUUUAAGAUGGACUAGUGAGAACAUUGGAUUCUUUGGUGGUGACCCCUUAAGAAUCACUGUUUUUGGAUCUGGUGCUGGGGGUUCUUGUGUCAAUCUGCUGACUUUAUCCCAUUAUUCUGAAGGUAACCGUUGGAGCAAUUCAACCAAAGGACUUUUUCAAAGAGCAAUAGCUCAAAGUGGAACAGCCCUUUCCAGCUGGGCUGUUAGUUUCCAACCUGCAAAAUAUGCUAGAAUGUUGGCCACAAAAGUUGGCUGCAAUGUUUCAGAUACAGUAGAAUUGGUGGAAUGCCUACAGAAGAAGCCUUACAAAGAACUUGUUGACCAAGAUAUUCAACCAGCACGAUACCACAUAGCCUUUGGACCUGUGAUUGAUGGUGAUGUCAUACCAGAUGACCCUCAGAUAUUGAUGGAGCAAGGAGAGUUUCUCAAUUAUGAUAUAAUGUUAGGAGUUAACCAAGGAGAAGGAUUAAAAUUUGUUGAAAAUAUAGUAGAUAGUGAUGAUGGUAUAUCAGCUAGUGAUUUUGACUUUGCUGUUUCCAAUUUUGUUGAUAAUUUAUAUGGAUAUCCAGAAGGCAAAGAUGUGUUGAGAGAAACGAUUAAAUUCAUGUAUACUGACUGGGCUGACCGUCAUAACCCUGAAACCAGAAGGAAGACGUUAUUGGCCUUGUUUACGGACCAUCAGUGGGUGGCACCAGCUGUUGCUACAGCAGAUCUUCACUCAAACUUUGGUUCACCUACAUAUUUCUAUGCCUUUUACCAUCAUUGCCAAACAGAUCAGGUUCCUGCGUGGGCUGAUGCAGCUCAUGGAGAUGAAGUUCCCUAUGUACUAGGAAUCCCCAUGAUUGGACCUACAGAGUUAUUUCCUUGCAAUUUCUCCAAAAAUGACGUGAUGCUGAGUGCAGUUGUAAUGACAUACUGGACAAAUUUUGCUAAAACUGGUGACCCAAAUCAACCAGUUCCUCAAGACACAAAAUUCAUCCAUACCAAACCCAACCGCUUUGAAGAAGUAGCAUGGACCAGAUAUUCCCAGAAAGAUCAACUUUAUCUCCAUAUUGGAUUAAAACCACGAGUUAAAGAACAUUAUAGAGCCAAUAAGGUGAACCUCUGGUUGGAGCUGGUACCUCAUCUGCAUAAUCUCAAUGACAUUUCUCAGUAUACCUCUACAACAACUAAAGUGCCAUCAACGGACAUCACUUUCCGACCUACGAGAAAAAAUUCUGUACCUGUCACAUCAGCCUUUCCCACUGCCAAGCAGGAUGAUCCCAAACAACAGCCAAGUCCAUUUUCAGUGGAUCAGAGGGACUACUCAACAGAGCUGAGCGUUACCAUAGCAGUUGGAGCAUCACUGCUGUUUCUGAACAUCUUGGCAUUUGCAGCCCUGUACUACAAAAAGGAUAAGAGGAGACACGAUGUUCAUAGGAGAUGCAGCCCUCAGCGUACUACUACCAACGAUCUGACCCACGCACAAGAAGAGGAGAUCAUGUCCCUCCAAAUGAAGCACACUGAUCUGGAUCAUGAAUGUGAGUCCAUCCAUCCACAUGAGGUGGUUCUCCGGACCGCCUGCCCGCCAGAUUACACAUUAGCUAUGAGGAGGUCACCUGAUGAUGUUCCCUUAAUGACACCCAACACCAUUACAAUGAUUCCCAACACUAUACCAGGAAUUCAGCCCUUACACACAUUCAAUACAUUUACCGGAGGACAGAACAAUACGCUGCCCCACCCCCACCCACACCCCCAUUCACAUUCAACAACCAGGGUAUAGCCAGAUAACAGAAACAAACUCUAUUUUUUUGAUGGAUUGCAGUAAAAGAUUACUGAAGAUUCCUUGGCUUUCAACCUACAAAACUCUUACUUAUUUAAAUAAGGAGGAAUAUUAUGUGAAUAUACAUAUCAAGGACUUUGGGGGUUUUGGAAAAAAAAUGAAUUGUAUAUAUAUACACACACAAAUCAACUCUAAAAAUGAAUUUCAAUUGCUUGAAGCAAUUGUUCUGAAUGAUACUUUUUCAUUCACAUUCAAGAAUUAAUUUUUUGAAGAUUUAUGUUACAAAAUGGAAUUAGGCAUGUGGAACACCAAACAGGAAAGAACUAUGUCUGAAAUAUAAAAAAAUAAAAUAAAACAAAAAACAACCAUGAAUAUGCACAAGGGACACACCAAUGGAAUGUCAGAUGAUUUUCACCAGUUUUAAUUUGGAACCGUUUUGUUGUGUAGACCAUAUUUACAUAUUUGGAUAAGUACACAAAACACCAAUGCUGUUAAUGGCCUUAGCAGAGGCUCAUGCUGAAAUUUGCCAGUAAAACAGAGAAGUUUAAAGACUGGCAGGUACAUGAUCACAUAAGUGCUGUCAGUAUAAAGUUGUGGGGAAUACAGGAAACUGGAUAUUUUUAGCACGAUGUGCAUGAUAAUCUAUAUGCUUGGUGGCUGUGCUGCUGAUUAAGCCGUAAUUAAAAUUCUUCUCAUCCCAUUGGAGUCUUUAAUAGAAGCUUCCUCCAUCAAUUGGCAGAACCGAAAGAAGAUUUUAAGGGGCAAAAGUAAUUACAGUAAAAUAAUUCACAGAAGUUUUGAUAAUAGAAGGCAUUAGUUCUUAAAGGUAUUUGAAGAAACUGUAGGUAUAGUGGUGAAUACUCGCUAUGAAUCCCAGAACAACAAUUUCCUGUGUUCUUAAUGUUCUUUUCAUUCCCACCUAAAUUAUUUAUAAAGAUGUAAUCCUAAUUGGACAUGUGUUACAGGAUCCAUCAAUUGCUGUGGUUUUUGUUACGCUGUAUUUUGUUCCUUUUGGUAAGGUGAAGUGUGUCCAAAGAGUUACUUGCAAUAGUCUUUUAUGAAAUGAGGAUGCCCCAAAUUACCACUCUGGUUAUAGCUCUCAGUUAAUUGAUUUACUCAUGUUGCAUGGCAAAAUGUUUACUAAUAAUAAUUCAAUAUAAAGUUAUGUCCCUCCUCACACCACUUAUCUUUCUUACUGAGGUCCUGUCUCUGGAAUUUAUUCUGGAAAUCUCAGUAGAGUACAACGUAGAUGCAGAACCUAAGAGAGACAACAUCUGGGGGAUUUUAGUCUUACACGUACAUGUGAUUUUUAAUGAAUAUUCUAAGACCACAGGAAACUCUUCAUCCACUGUUGUUUACCGGUAACAGUAUAUCACAGACCUAUCCAAAUGUUUGUAUAUGUAAUCAGAUGUACAUUUAUAUUAAAAAAAAUGAGAUGGACUUAAAGAGCACAUCCUGAUAAAUACUUUCUCUCUUACCUGUACUAUAUUUCUAUUAGACUAAAGUUAUGUGAUUUUUUUUUACAUUUUUUCAGAUGACUAGCAAUUUUGAUAGUUUGUAAGAUAACGCAAAGAACUUUCUCUGACAAACUAACUGCAGUAACAGAAACCUUUCUUUUCAGUUACUCUUUUUCAAGAAUGAAAGCUUAUUAUACAAAAAAAAAAUUGUAUACUACUUGAUGGAAACAACUUUGUACAUCUUGGCCAUGUCAUUGGUCAUUGCGUGAAAUAAAGAUAAACUGGAUAAUGACUAUUAGUCCAAUGAUAAGAGACAUGAUCUUUGCUCAUUAAAGAGCUAAAAUGUUUAUUGCUGUUUUGUCUUUUGUAAAAAAAUGAAAAGAAACAUGACUGGCUCAGAGUCAUUUUUCUAGACCAAUCGAAUUUUUGAAGACAUUUAGGUAACUUCUUCAGAAAACACACCAUGGAUUUCCAGGCAAGUCUCAUCUCAGAUGAAACUGAUGAAACUUUAACAUUAUGAAUUUAUAAGCCCAGGAAUUUGUGGACAAAUCAGCUUUGUAUUUUUAAAUACCUCUUGUCGGAAAUAAAAUGUGCCAAUUGUUUUCAGUUAAAAUCUUAGGUUCCAAAUCUGAUCAUUGAGGAAAAGGUCUUUUGGAAAUAAAUCGGUGACAAUUCAUGGAAUUAAAAUAGAUAGGUUCAUUUUUAAGGGUGAUUGAACUAUCAUAAUGUAAUGGACAGAAAGUUAUCCUUCUAAGAAGAUUUAAAAGUGCUGAGCAAGAUAGUAAGCUGACACUAAUAGAUAAAAUCUUGUAUUUUAGGGAAUUUCUUUGUUUAUAAUUCCUUCUAAUUGUUAAACUGUCAGUAAAAUUUAAAUAUUUAUCCCUAACUUGAAAUAAAAAUUUAUCUUAAAAAACAAAAAUUCUUCAAAAUCCAGAAUGAUCCACAUGCAGUUUUUGCCUGGGGUGGUUAUACUUUUAGAUUGUGAAAUGCCAAUGUAAACCAAUAAAAACAAUUAUCUAGCCUUUGCAAUAUUGUUUAAUCAGAAAACUUUCUUUUACUAUAUUGAUUAAACAAAAGAUAAAAACAGAAAUAGAAAUAAUAACAGAAUAAGGUACGAAUGGGAUCUUUCAUAUGCAAUAUUUCACCUGGCAAAACAAAACAUUCUACUUUCAACAACGGCCACAUUUAUAUCCAUCUACCUAUUUGUUGCUCUAAAUUUAUCUGUCAAUCGAUCUACCUAUAUAUACCAUAACUGACAUCUAUUUUGUAUUAAUUUACCGAAAUGGUUAAGGAAACAAAGCAUAGCCCUAUUCUUUUUUCUAAAUUAAUAUAGUAACAACUUUGUGGAAGAUAAAGCAGUUCUAGGUUGUAUAACAGUUCCCAAGCCGUGAUAAAGUCAUUGUGAAUGAGUGUUAGCUCUUAGUUUUAUAGUUACAGCAGCUAGUUUUCUGAGUGAAAAAAUGAUGUCCCUGGAUUAAAAGAACAUUAAGCACUGUUUUUAAAGCUGAAACAUAAUUUUAAAUGCAAGAAGUAUUUUGGAUAUUGUUAAUAAUUUUUAACCAAUAUGUAUAAAAUGUGUUUAUUUAGAUGAUAAUUUUUCUUUAGGGAAAAAUGUAAGUCAGAAAAUUAAAAUAAUAUAUUUGGCAUUACUUAUUAAUUUAGAUUUCCCUGCUUCAGAUUAAAUUGCCAAGUCAAGGCUGCUAGAAUUUAUACAAACAUUAUCAACAUAUUAAUGUUGUUUCAGAGUAUGAGAGUUGAAAUAAAAGUGACACAUUUUAUAGUUUAAAUUUCUAUUUAAUAUGUUGACUGAACAAGAUCUGGUUGAGUGCUACAAAUGUAUCAUGAGGUUCAUCAUUAACUUCAUGGAAAUUAGAAAGUUAUUUGCUACAGCAUUAAAUGUAUCCCAUUUUAAAUUGGAGAUAUCCUGUUAGCAACUCAAAGCAAAAAAAAAAAAAAAAAAAAACAAAAACAAAAAAAAAAGUCUGAGCAAUGUAUGGGGUAUUUCAUUCAUGUCAAAUUUAAAUGUUGAUUAUAAUGAUGCUAUAAUUUAGAUUUUUUUUAUCUGUACCACAUGAAAACAGCAGCAAUUAAAAAACAUAUGUAAUAUUAAACAAGAAA